AAUAUCUUCUACAGUCUGUUUCAAGAAAUUUCUAAGGGCAUAGCACCUCUUCGUGAAGAAGGUUCACAUUAAUACGCAGUCUAACUCGGCUAAGCUUCUUUGGUCUCACAGAUACACCUAUCCAUUUGGUCUUCUACCACCGCAUUCUAUCAGAUAUCUUCCUAUAACUCUUCCUUCAGCGAGUUCGAAGUUGACGUUACCGUUGUCGCACUUAGCUAUGCGACUCUGUUUCUUCACAAGGAAAGACUUAAUAUGGACUUGUUAUCAAAGUAUCUUCGACGACGGGUAAAGGAGCGUUUAGAUAGGAUGGAAGACAGCAUCUCACCGACAUUGUUGAUGGCAACCGACUGGCUUAACAAUUGGCUGUAUCAAUAUAGUGGAAUUAUUGAUGCACCAUUAGGCUGCGAUGAUCUCGACCUCAAGGCAUUUGCCAUCGUAACGGCCCAGGUUCUAAGCCGAACUGAACAAGUCCCCGACGCCGUGAGCCUGGACAUCUUAGCGAAAGUCGCCGCCAUCGUGAGUGAGAUGGAUUGCCACAAGGGAAUGGGUGAUUUACCGCAACGAUGGAUGGAUAAGCUGUGGGCUGAGGAGUCUUCUACGCCGUUCUGGAGCCACGAAGCGACACAUUGGAUAUAUGCCGCUGGGGUGUUUAAAGACUCUCACAAAUACCGAGAAGCGACGCGCGAGUUAAUGCUGCACUGGAAUAGCCCAGCAAUGCCCGUUCAGCUUCCGAUAGACGGAGAUAUCAUAUUCGAAAUGAAUAGGCGGAGAAAGAAUACUCUCUAUUCUAUUGUUUCAAUUCUCACUAGACUUAUCGAUGACACGCAAUUCAUUAUAAAGAGAUGCGACGGGUCUGAUACAAGUCUAUUUCGGGCUGGUUAGAUCCCUCGAGCCAUUUAUUCUAUCCUUAAGCAGAUUUAGGGCUGCAUUGCUCCUACAUGCUCCCAAGACAUGUGCUGAACUCUUACUAUUUUCGGCG